CCCUCCUCCUUGGCUCUGCCCUCUGGUAUGGAGAAUACCGGGAGCUACAGCCGGGAUUUCGGUUCACCUGGUCUCUGGCCGGGACAGGAAUCUCAGGAGCCAUGUUGUCAGAAGUCCUGCUGGUGUCCGCUCCAGGGAAAGUCAUUCUCCACGGAGAACAUGCUGUGGUCCACGGCAAGGUAGCUCUGGCCGUGGCCUUGAACUUGAGAACGUUUCUCCUGCUGCGACCACAGAGCAACGGGAAAGUGUGUCUGAAUUUACCGAACAUCGGUAUCAAGCAGGUCUGGGACGUGGGCUCACUUCAGCUGCUGGAUACAAGCUUCCCUGAGCAAGGUGAUGUCCCGGCACCCACCUUGGAACAACUGGAGAAGCUGAAGAAGAUGGCGGACCUUCCCAGAGACUGUGUAGGCAAUGAAAGCCUGUCUCUGGUUGCCUUUCUCUACCUGUACCUGGCUAUCUGCCGGAAGCAGAGGACACUCCCGAGCCUGGACAUCGUGGUGUGGUCGGAACUGCCCCCCGGGGCAGGCUUGGGCUCCAGCGCUGCCUACUCCGUGUGUCUGGCAGCCGCCCUCCUGACGGCCUGUGAGGAGGUCUCCAACCCUCUCAAGGACAAGGGCUCCGUCGGCAGGUGGACCGAGGAGGACCUGAAGUCAAUUAACAAGUGGGCCUACGAGGGCGAGAGAGUGAUCCACGGGAACCCCUCUGGCGUGGACAAUGCCGUCAGCACCUGGGGAGGAGCCCUGCGCUACCAGCAAGGGAAGAUGUCCUCCUUGAAGAGGCUCCCGGCUCUGCAGAUCUUGCUCACCAACACCAAGGUCCCACGAAGUACCAAGGCCCUCGUGGCUGGCGUCAGAAGCAGACUGGUCAAGUUCCCUGAGAUCGUGGCCCCACUCCUGACCUCAAUUGACGCAAUAUCCCUGGAGUGUGAGCGCGUGCUCGGAGAGAUGGUGGCAGCGCCAGUUCCGGAACAGUACCUCAUACUAGAAGAGCUAAUGGACAUGAACCAGCACCACCUGAAUGCCCUGGGCGUGGGCCACGCCUCCCUGGACCAGCUCUGCCAGGUAACCGCAGCACACGGGCUGCACAGCAAGCUGACUGGCGCAGGCGGCGGCGGCUGUGGCAUCACCCUCCUGAAGCCAGGUCUAGAGCGAGCCAAAGUGGAGGCCACCAAGCAGGCCCUGACCAGCUGUGGGUUUGACUGCUGGGAGACCAGUAUUGGAGCAUCUGGGGUCUCUAUGCACUCAACCGCCUCUGUAGAGGACCCUGUCCGACAAGCCCUGGGCCUCUGAGAUGACCUGACGUGCGGUCCGACCAAGAAGCCUCCAAGUAUCUGGGACUGGAGUUGGCCUCUGUGCUGGCCACUGACACAGUUUCUGCUGGUAGCGCCUUCUAGACUCUGAGAGGCGCCGCCUCCAUGGCCCGUCUGUAUUCUGGCAUUUCUGAAGCCAGACAGGCAUCAGUUAUGGGGUCUCCUGAAAUGGCAGGCUGACACGCAAGGCCUUCCCCCUGGAGCUCUUAUGGGUGCAUCUGCCUGGCCCUGGCCUCCGUCUGCCUCACACAAACUCUGCUUCCAAGCUAUGCACCCUUCUUCUGUCCAGCCAACCGUGACCCCUCAGGAACUGCCUGGCCAAUGGCUCCUGUCUCCUGCGCUCUCUCUGGGGAUGACCGGCUGAGGAAGGCCUGCCAACUGCUCCAUCUCCGUGUGCACACUUGGGAAAGCUGCCUGUGGGGGAAAUAAAAAGAGAUCGGACAAACAAA